CGAUUUCAUUGUGCACGCUCUCCUUCCGACGCUUGCACCUAUUAAUUGGAUGGCUGAGAUGGACGACUACCUCAUCGUCGUAGAUGACGUCGAAGAACCACAGGCGGGGCCUUCUUCUGCUGUUAAUGGCGGACAUCCAUCGAGUCGCCCCCAACAGCGCACUCGUCCAUUGCGGGCAGCUGCUGAACAAGCCAUGGCGACCACCCUCCGCCUCAGAGACUCCGUGGAGCCUUCUUCGGAGCGCACAACGCGUUCGGCCACUGCAAAGUUUAAACCACAUCCAAAGUUAAAGCUUAAACUUAGCGAGCGAACUGCUGCACAAGCCCCUGGGAUGUCGUUUCUGGGCUCUUAUGACAGGGAGCUAGAUUCCGACGACGAAGACCUGACAUUCGAGGAGCAGUUCGUACUGCGGAUGCCGCCGGGCGAGGACUGUGAAAAACUUAGGAAGAUGAUACAAUCAAGGGAAAUCGGCAAUGAUGUCUGGUUCAAGUUCAAAGAUUCACGGCGCGGAGUCUUCCAUAUCGGCAAUAACCUCUAUUCCUUCAAGCUGGUCGAUCUACCUUGUGUAAUAGAAUCACAAAAGACACUUGACAACAAGCAGAUGUUCAAAGUAGCCGACAUAUGCCAGAUGCUUGUAAUUGAGAAGCGCAUACAAGAGGAAGAGGCCGUUAUUGCCAAUAGGAAUGUCAGUGUCGAUGAAUUUAUAUGGCCCCACGGCAUCACACCUCCAUUGCAUCAUGUUCGCAAACGACGGUUCCGUAAACGACUAAACCGAAGAACCAUAGAAAGCGUGGAAGAAGAAGUUGAACGGCUGGUAGCAGCAGACAGCCUUGCAACUGAAGUCAAAUAUGAGGUACUUGAAAACGUAAAUCCCGACCUCUCAGAUUCCGAGUUUGUCGAGCGCGAUGAGGCACUAGAUGCGUUCACCCCUGGAAUACCGGAAUCUGAGGUUGGCGAUGCACCCACGCCUGGCGCAGACGUCGAGGAUGGUGACGCGGAUGAGGCCGAGGUUGAAGCCGAGGGUGAUUUUGAUGCUGAACUAGCAGCAGAGCUCGACCUUGCACUGGGCGACGAGGAAGGCGCUGAUGAGGAGGAAGAGGAAGAGGAGGAGGAGGAGGAAGAGGAAAGCGAUGAAGAGGAUGAAGAUGACGAGGAUAUACAGGAGAGGAAGUUACUGAACGAGGAAAUCAGGGAUUUGGAAGCAGCAGUCACGAAGAAACAGCACGAAAUCGCAAGCUCAGCGAAUCCAUUAGUCAAGAAACGGUUUGAAGACGCCCUCAAGAAGUUAUCUACCGAUCUCGAGAUGAAACAGGCACAAAGAGAUGAGAUGAAAGAACGGCAGUGGAGGAAAAAAGUGGGGAUUACUGGCGGGGAUCCUGACAUAGAUGCUGAGGUCAUAGCUCAGGACGGGGUAGAGGUUGAUAAUGAUGCUCAAGAUGGCGACCUGUUGGAACCUGACAAUCCCAUCACCAUGGAUAUUUGUUGAAUGGGCCACUUACUCAUGUCAUUACACAUGCAACUAUCGUCUCUUCUUACAACUGCUGUUUUUUACCUGGGAAGUCUUUGG